AUGAUUGAGGCGGGAUACCCCAUUCAGGAUGGUGCACUGUACGCUGAUGGGUUCCCGGUGCCAGACUGGACGCUGGGAGAUCAUAUUACGACAAUGGACACUCUGGGGGUGAACUACUCGACCAUCAGUAUUAGUGCCCCUGGAGUUUUCUUCAUUCAGGACCCGUCCAAGGCGCAUGCGCUGGCGCGUAGGAUUAAUCGGGAGAUGCACAAUUACACCGUGCAGUAUCCUCAUCGUCUCGGCGCCUUGUGCCUGUUGCCAUUGCCUCAUGUCAGAGAGGCCUUGAUUGAACUCGAACACUGUCUCGAUACUCUCAAAUUUGUCGGUAUUGCUACUUUCACCAAUUCCAAUGGCACGUACCUCGGCGACGCCUCUCUAGAUCCAAUCUUCGAGGCGCUGAACGCCCGCAAAGCGCCCGUCUUCAUCCACCCGGCUGCACCGGGUUGCAACAGCGUUUUCAUGGGCUACCCCAUCCCCAUGACCGAGUAUCCAUUCGAUACGGUGCGUGCCGUCGAGAAUCUGCUGCUUACCGGUCAGCGCGCCAGCUACCCGAACAUCAGCAUGAUCUUCGCGCACGGAGGAGGCGCAAUUCCAUACCUGGCCACUCGCAUUGCGGGGAUGUCUUCAAUGCCAUUCUUGGGCGGCUGGAAUGUCACGGAAUCGGUGAAGCAGUUGGCAGGUUAUUAUUUUGACACGGCAUCUGCGACAUCAGCAAUUCAGUUAGCUGCUCUGAGGGGCUUCAUUGGCGUUGGGAAAAUUUUGACGGGAACUGACUACCCUUAUGUUCCUACUACGCAGGCUCAGCCUGCUGUCAAAUCGAUGCAGGUCAACGGGGAAUUCAAUUCAUCCGAAAUGGCGCGGAUUAAUCAUCGGAAUGCGCUGUCGAUAUUUCCAAGGGUUGCGGAGGUCCUGCGCAUGGAAUGA